AUGACUACUUUAACUUUUUUAGAUUUAUCUAAUAACCAAUUCACGGGGGAAGUACCUCAUCUUGCAUUACCUUCCUCGUUGAGUUACUUAUAUCUUUCUGACAAUAUGUUUACUGGUACCGUGACCCAAUGCAUAGGAAGCCUUUCCAAACUUGAAUUUUUGUUUCUUGAAUCAAACAACUUUGAAGACAUAAUCACUGAAUCACAUUUCUUUAAUCUUUCCCAUUUACUAUUGUUGGGCUUGUCUUCCAACCCAGGUAUCUCGUUCAAUAUCAGUUCAGGAUGGAAUCCUCCUUUUCAACUGACAAAGGUAUUUUUAUCGGGUUGCAAAGUGGGUCCACAUUUCCCCACAUGGCUUAGAACACAAAAGAGAUUAGAGUAUCUUGAUAUCUCUAAUGCUAAAAUUUCAGACACCUUCCCUGAUUGGUUUCCGAAGUCAAGUCCAAAAUUAUCGACUUUAAAUGUAUCACAUAACAAUUUUCAUGGUGUCCUUCCUGAUUUGUCGUCAAAGUUCUCUCUUUUUGAAUCCAUAGAUCUGAGCUUUAAUCAUUUUAAUGGUUCAUUACCAAUUUUACCUCCGAAUGGAUCUAUAGUGGGUUUGUCGAGUAAUGAGUUUUCUGGGUCAAUCACCAAUUUAUGCAAUGAAACUAGUUGCUAUUGGGCUUUUCUUGACCUCUCGAAUAACUCAUUGUCUGGACAGCUUCCGGAUUGUUUUGNUGCUUGGAGUGAAUUGGUCUUUCUGGGUCUCAGGUCCAAUGAGUUCUUUGGUAAUAUUCCUUCAAACUUGUGUCAUCUUUCACACUUACAAGUGUUGGACUUUUCUUCAAACAAGAUUUCUGGUGGUAUACCAAAAUGUCUAAACAAUCUCACUGCUAUGAUGCAGGUGCAUUCUGAGUUUGAUACGGCAUUUCUUCUUCGAUACGUUGGAGGCUAUGAGAGAGCAAUUAUAACAUGGAAAGGAAAGGAGGCCGAGUACAUAAAUACUCUUAAACGGAAAAUGCUACUUGCCCAGGCUUGGAGACCGACUAAAAAACAGGGAAAUAAGUAA